AUGCCGGCGACCUUCUUGUAUGACCCAUGGGUCAACUUUCCUGCCGCAUUGAUCUCAAGCAGCGUAUCGAAGAUUGCGCGGUGGGUCGUGUCGAAGAGCUUGCGUUUGCCUCAUGACGAAACUGAGAAAGCGCAGCUCCUCGACGAGCUGGUUGCCAUCGUCGACGGCCAACGAGCGAUCAAGGAAGAAAGGCAAAUGGCAAGUUCAGCCGUGAAGGAGAAGGCGCUGACAGCAACGGCGUUGAUUCGCGACGAGACGAUGCAGCGCGCUUCAAAGAGAAAGAGCGUUGAUGGCGAUGACGAUGUAACGACGUCGAACAAGGAGAUGGCACUUAUUCUGGUGCAACAAGCUGAAAUCGACCUGGAGAAGCAGAGGUUGGAAUACAAGAAGUUGAAACUACAGGCUGGGGUCAACGAGCAAGCGCUUGCACGGAAGGAACGCGCAGAAAUGCGUGAAAUUGAGCUAAAGCGUCAUACCGAUUUGCGUCGCAACUUGCGCCUCCGUGCAACUUCUCAACACAAACACAAUUUUGGGGGAGCAGUGAAGUCCCGGGCAAUGCUUGGCGGUGUAUUGAUCAGUUGGAGGCAAAACUAG